CCUAGGUGACGAUAGAAGCUCCACCACACAAUCACACACCUUUCUUCCUUCACCGUCUCGUGUGUUGUUAUUCCGCGCAUCGUAUCCUCUGGGUUUGCGAUUCACUGCGAUCCAACCUAACAAGUGGAAGAUUAGAGAAAGGUGAAGAUUCGAAGACGGAUACCCCGCUACGUACCUCGAGGCUUCGUGGGCGGAGAUAAAGCAGGUACUCGAUCGCAGAGAGCUUCCUCUGACUGUCAGCCAUGAUGGCAGCACACCUCCGCACCGGCAUCAGCUCGCUGAAAAACAACCUUUCCUCUACUACCGCUACCCCGAACAACGAGAAGGAGAAAGAGGAGAAAUUGGUGCUAAGGAACAGGGCGGGAGAGAGCAGGAGUCCGUAUGUGAGGGCGCAUGCGCGGAAUCCGGUCGCGUGGCAGGUUUGGGGGGAUGAGGCGGUGGAGUUGGCUAGGAGGGAGAAUCGGUUGUUGUUUGUUAGUGUGGGGUAUAGUGCUUGUCAUUGGUGCCAUGUAAUGGAGCGCGAAUCCUUCGAAAACGAAGAAGUUGCCAAUAUCCUCAAUACCUCCUUCAUCCCCAUCAAAGUCGACCGAGAAGAACGCCCCGAUAUCGACCGCAUAUACAUGAACUUCGUCCAAGCCACCACUGGAUCUGGAGGCUGGCCGCUCAAUGUCUUUGUUACUCCAGAUCUCGAACCUGUGUUUGGAGGAACGUAUUGGCCUGGUCCUACAAGUACUACAAUGCAGGCAUUUGAGGACCAAGUUGACUUCUUGGGGAUUCUGGAUAAGUUGAGCACGGUGUGGAAGGAACAAGAGGAGAGGUGUAGGAGAGACUCGGCGCAGAUCCUUAUGCAGUUGAAGAAUUUUGCUGCGGAAGGUACUCUGGGUGGAAGAUUGGGUGAGGGUGGGGAUGGGCUUGAUAUCGAAUUAUUGGAGGAAGCUAAUCAGCACUUUGCCUCGACAUUCGACAGCGUGAAUGGUGGGUUUGGUUCAGCACCAAAAUUCCCUACUCCUUCAAAGUUGGCUUUCCUCUUAAGGCUGGGUCAGUAUCCGAGUGUGGUUGUGGAUGUAGUUGGUGCCUCGGAUUGUAGGAAUGCGCAGACGAUGGCUAUCACGACGUUGAGGAAGAUGGCGAGAGGUGGAAUUCACGAUCACAUUGGGAAUGGAUUUGCCAGAUACUCGGUCACGGCUGAUUGGUCCUUACCUCAUUUCGAGAAGAUGCUGUAUGACAAUGCACAAUUGCUGGAUGUGUACCUAGAUGGCUUCCUGCUGUCUAGAGACGCUGAGCUUCUGAGUGUUGUCUAUGACAUCUCCACUUAUCUGACGACUACUCUUGCGCAUCCAGGUGGUGGGUUCUACUCUAGUGAAGAUGCGGAUAGUCUUUACCGGAAGGGCGAUUCAGAGAAGCGAGAAGGCGCCUUUUAUGUUUGGACAAAACGAGAAUUCGAGAACGUCCUAGGAGAGAAGGAUGAGCCAAUCCUGUCAGCAUUCUUCAAUGUCAGCGGACAUGGCAACGUGGAGCCUGAAAACGACGCCCAUGACGAAUUCCUCGAUCAGAAUGUCCUAGCUAUCGUCAGUGCACCAAGCUCGUUGGCAAGUCAGUUCGGCAUGAAGGAAGAUGAAGUUGUGCGAAUAAUCAAGGAAGGCAAAAACUCUCUUCGCGCCCAUCGAGAAAAGGAACGGGUUCGACCAGCUCUAGAUGACAAAAUCGUCGUCUCGUGGAACGGAAUUGCUCUUGGUGCCCUAGCACGAACCGGAGCUGUCAUCAAAGGAUUUGAUCCCGUGAAAUCAGCUGAGUACCUUGGUUUCGCGACCAAAGCUGCCACUUUCAUCAAGGAAAAUCUCUGGGAUGACUCGACGAAGACUUUGUACAGGAUCUGGAGAGAAGGUAGAGGGGAGACUGAGGGAUUUGCUGAUGACUAUGCCUUCUUGAUUGAGGGGUUAAUUGAUCUAUAUGAAGCUACUUUCGACGAGAAAUGGCUACAAUGGGCUGAUGAGUUGCAACAAUCCCAGAUAACUAACUUCUUCGACCUCCAUGGCUCCGGCGGUUUCUUCUCUACUCCAUUCGAAGCUAAACACGUAAUCCUCCGCUUAAAAGACGGAAUGGAUACCUCAGAACCCUCCACAAACGGCACCUCAGCCUCAAACCUCUACCGCCUCUCCUCCGUCUUCAACGACGAGUCCUAUGGCAAGAAAGCCAAACAAACAAUCUCCGGUUUCGAAAGCGAGAUCUUGCAAUACCCAUGGCUAUUCGCAUCCUUCAUGCCUGGCAUCGUAGCAGGACAAUUCAGCGUCAAGGGCACGGUCGUAUAUCAGAGCGAAGAGCGAGGUGAAGACGGUGAGCAGAAGGUCAAGGAGUUUGAAAAGAGUCCGAGAGGCAGUUUAGGCACGUUUGCGAGGUUGACGAAGGAGAAUAAGUGGUUGAGAGAGAGGAAUGAGUUAUUGAGGGAGUUUGGAAAGGAUGGAGUGACGAGGAUUCUGAUCUGUGAGGGCGGCGUUUGUAGAGAGGAAAGUGUGAGCCCGAGUGCGAAUGUCAUCAAGGAGAGGGAUCCGAUGGAUGUUGCGGGGUUGAAGGAGGCGUUGCCAUCUCCGCCGAAUACUGCUGCUUCGCCAGCGGUAGAAAGCAAAGCUGUUGAGACUCCAGCUCCUGCGCUGUCAGGGGAGGAAACUCAAAAGCUUGCUUCUUAGCGAGUGUAAGGAGGGCGUUGGUGUUGUGGUUUCAUUUUUCAGCUGACAUUUUGGUAUGAGGCGUUGGGAGUCUGGUACUCGUCAUAGGUCUUCGUUUGCGAUGAGAUGGUAAAUAGAGAGAACGUCCGAUACACAGUCAAUGAACGCACAUCGUGGUGCC